CCACCCCCUGCUUCAAGUUAACCGCCGACAUCUUUCCAACUGCUCAACCAAUCACACACCAUGGCAUGGCGCCCGUCCUCCCGGGAGGCCCCGUUGGACUUCCUGCAAGGCUUAAGAGACGGGGCAUGCAACCAACAUUUGGAGCAUAGUUUUGCACACUCGCAUCCCGCGAGCCGUUCUCCUCCGUUCUCCUCUACUCUCCUCUCCAACUUCUCCCAUCACUUUUUGUCGCUUCCGUUCAAUCCGAGCGUCCCCCUCCUGUAAAACAAUUCAAGUUCAAGAUGGCAACCAGUGCACAAUCUGAGCGCCCUUACAUACCAGAGCCACUCAGGGGUUGGUUGCCGGUGGUGGACGACCUGAUACGGGGGGGUCCAGAGGGAGACUUUGAAUCAAUCGUCGCAACCAUUCUCAAGGAGUAUCUGCUUUCUGACGACGACGACGCCCCGGCCACAUUUGCGCGACGUUUCGAUGACCUAUAUAGUGAAGUCUACGAGCCAAGAUUCAAUGGAUUCAACGGCACAAAGAAAGGAUGGACCGGCUACCUCGAGGUAUUUUACGAGACGGUGUUCGCAGUGGCCGUUGGAAUGGAAUACGACGACCCAAAACAGGUCAAGGUUAUCCAAUUGUUCUCAGAGUUGCGGAAACUACCCACACAUGUUGUCAAGAUAUUCGUGCAACCUGAAUUCGAAUGGAUCGACAGUGAGAUUUGGACCCGCGAUCCGCUUGUGUCAUGGAAACUCUUCGAGGCUGACCCUGGAUAUGUCAGGGCCGAGGACGCCGACAACUUGAAGUCCCAAGAGGACAUCGACGACUUCGAGGCCAGCGUUGCCGCCUUUGUCAGCUUUCAUACAUUCUCAGCUCGCUGCACGGCCGCCGGGUUGGACUCAGCAGACAGGGGUCGUUUCCAUUCGCAGGGGUCUUUCAUUUCAUCUACCAUCAUGCAGCCAUUGGGAGAGUUUCUGGACUACCAGAUCAUGGCCGUCGCUCAAUGGAUACUGCUGUCCGGAGACGUCAUCCACGCCGAGUGCGUCAAGAAGCAGCUGCCGCCGGUGAUCCACCGCAAAUACGUUUGGGAGGGCUGGGAGAACGGCAACGGCCCUGUCGUCUGGAAGCAGUGGGCAGACAAACUCGCAGAGAUUGCGGCUGCGCUCGAAGGAGGCGGAGAUCCGGGCUUCAAGCUCUUUGAGAAGAACAGGGAGGUGUUGACAGACAUGGUGGAGAAAGCUAGGGACAAGAUGAUCGCGCUUGAACCGGGUUUAUUCACGGAGCCGAGCCCGGGGCCGGUGACGAAUCCGACGCCAAGCUGAAAACCUGAGUGCGGAAGAGGCAGCACGACCUAGAACAGAGACCCUGCCGUACCUAGGUCAUUAGAAAACGCACGGAAAGGCAACGGGUGCAGGAAUCGGUCUUUUAUUCUUCCUUUGUAUCGUAUCAGUUGUGCCACCAGCCUAUUUAUUGCUUCGUAAGCCUCUCCUUCGAGGUGUAC